AUGGCUUCAGCCGUGCAGCCUAUGGAGCUCCCGCGAGGAGAGACGCAGGCGGAACAUUCCGAGGCCAUUGAGAAGGCAGCUCGGAAGCUCGUUGAGGUGGAAGACAGUCAAACAGUAUUCCGACUGGAAAAAAGCUCUGUAUAUGGCAGUGCAAUCGCUUUCCCACAGCUCGCCAGAAGCUCUGGCUACAAGGGCAUGUUUGUCAGCCUUUGGAUUCGAUCCUACAUGGCACUGGGGCUGAACUAUUUUGUCCAGCUGGCACUGGUGAUGUUCGUGGGUGAAGCAACCCAGAUCAUGAAUCCUUUGGGUGGGCAGAUGCAUCUCUGUGACUUCGGUGCGGACCUGGACGUGUGCAAGGGCCCGGAUGCGGAAUUUCUGCCGCGCUGCACGGGUCCGGGAGGCACCCAAUUCUCACCGUCACGCCUCUACGGCUAUACACAGUGGGCAGUGCAGAAGUUCACCAAGCAGGCGCUUCUGGAUGUGAUGCCGGAGCAGGAAGAUGUCAUCAAUGCAAAAGUUGAUCCUGGAGAAUACGGUAUGGAGAAUUCAACCUGCCGCUGGCUGUGCUUGCUUCUCUUCGUCAUGUCGGUGAAUCACGAGAUUCAAGUCUGCUUCCGCAUGUUGGCAAUGCUUUGGAAACUGCCCAGUGAUCCAGACAAGUGCCACUGGAUCGAGAGCAACUCAAAUUCAGAGAAAUUUGUCUUCCGCAUUGCAGGAAUGCCUUGUCAUUGGAAGCUGAUCACCGGCAUCCUUGUUUUCGUCCCCAAGCUGGCAUUGUGUUACUUCGUCUUGCUGGAGGGCACGACCCUUCUCUUGGACACAUCGGGAAUUUUGGACACGGUCCUCGGGGCCAUGUCAAUGGCCUUCAUCCUGGAAGUCGAUGAGAUGCUGCACGACUCUAUGAUUACUCAUGCCGGCCGAUGGAUCCUGGACAACAUGCUGGACUUCCGAAAAGAACACCUCGCAGACAAAGAUGUAGAAGACGGCAAGCAGUAUGUGGCUUCGGCAAGGCGGUACAAUGCAGACGAGAAAAAGGAUGGGACGACAAGUGAAGGUGUUUCCGCACCUCUGAGAGAAGAGCCCGUUCAGGAACGGAAGGGCCACGAGGCGUCAUGCGGUGAUCUCCUCAGGCAGGUGGUGCCACUACGCCUGAUCAUGACACUUGUGGUUAUGGCUAUCUUCACCGAGCGUUACUAUCGGUUCAAGUGCGUCUACAAGGACGAGUUGGGCAUGUGGGUCUCCAAAGACAUGUACACGCCGCAGAGAGCCUCCUACGGGCUCACCGAUUUCAUUUUCAACGGCUUCUUCAACACGGUGGGCCAUGACAGCAACGACCCAUUCUGGACUAUGCCGACGCCUCCGCAUCUUCUGAAAUGUUACUUGCUUGGCUCAGGCACGAAAUGGGAUGUGCUGGCGUCCGAAGUUGAUCCAGAGAAGCGGAAGAACCUGAGCAGAGAGCCUCCAAUGGCACCCGGCCUCGUAGUGGAAAUUCCGUGGAAUGGGGUGCCGCCCAUGACACCCAGCGACACCUUGACGAAGCGAGACAUUUCGGCACUGUUGCAGGUGGCCUGCCUGAACAGCUGGACCACUCAAAGCCGGACUCCGUUCAAAGUAUUGGUCUUCCAUCCGGUGGCCAGGCAGUCCGAAUGGCCUUCUUCCAAAGGCAAGAAGAACGACACAGAGCAGGCACGGUUUGCACGGCUUCUACGGCCGAUUCUGUCCAGCACUUCCGUAGCACUGAAAGCCUUGGUGGCGUCAAAAUGCGGCAUCUCGGUCUUGGAGCAACGACUCGUAGUCGACGGGAGGGAGCUCCAGUCUUUGAAGGAUUUGUCGCCCGACAUAGAGGUGGACAUUACUCUUCUGCGCCGUCCGGCUGAGCAGGUGGAGUGGCUGGAGAAGAUUGCCCAGAAGGCAGAUCUGUCGGAAGCGCCGGACCUGAUCAGGGACGACCGGGAAGUCCUGAUGACUGCCGUUCGUGCGGAUGAUGACGCACUGCAAUGGGCCUCCCCAGAUCUGCGUGGUGAUCGGGGCCUGGUGCUGGAGGCCGUGCAGAGGUGCGGUUUCGCGCUGGCGUGCGCGGACCGACCAUUGCAGGCAGAUCGUGAGGUGGUGCUCGCUGCCGUGGCUCGACAUGGCCUAGCUUUGGAAUUUGCAGUGCCAGAACUUCGUGGCGAUGCGGAGGUGGUCCUGAAGGCGAUUGGACAGGAUGGCAAUGCGUUUCAAUUUGCCAGUAUGGAGCUGCGCUGCAAUCGCGACUUUGUGUUGCAGUCCGUGCACCGGAAUGGAUAUGCGCUGACCUACGCCAGUCCGGAGUUGCGUGAAGACCAUGAGGUUGUUCGCGCGGCCGUUGAGACAACGGGCUGGAUCUGCGAAUGCGGGAAGCAGGUGGCCCAGUUCGGUGGCUGGGCUUUGCAAUGCGCUGACAGAAAGUUGCAGGCCGACCGUGCCCUGGUUCUCUCGGCAGUUCGCCGCGACGGUGCCGCGUUGGCCUUUGCCAGCCCGGAUCUCCAACACGAUGACGAGGUGGUGCUGGCAGCUGUACUCGAAUCGGGGAUGGCAUUGGAACAUGCUGCUGUGCCCUUGCGUGACAACGAAGCGAUCGUUGUUGCAGCUGUGCAAAAGCACGGUGCGGCCUUGCGCUUUGCUUCUGCGCGGCUUCAAGGUUCCCGCGAGGUUGUGCUAGCAGCUGUUCGCUCCGACGAAACAGCCCUGACUUGGGCCUCGGAGGAACUGCGCGCUGACAAGUUCGUGCGCCGAACUGCACGGAGGCUUUGGCUGAAGGACGAGAAAGACGAUGAGAAAUCCCAGAGGCCGAUGAUGGCCUCUCGCCAGGAAGGCGACGAGGAGACCCACAACGAUGGGCAGGACAUCCCGGCUGAUCGAUUCCUCGCGGCGGCGGCGGCGUCUGCACCAGCCUGGAUGCCCGAAGUGGACAAAAUCGGCAACAGCAACUGCGUCAUGUGCAUCGGCUGCGCUGUUUCGGUGGCCGACGAACUUUACAAGUACCCAGAGAGCAGCAUCGAUGGCAUGGUGGAACAGAGGGUGGAGGAGCUUCAGCAGUACCGGCGGCAGGCAGGUCUAGCAUGGUCUAGAGUCUAUAAAAUCAAUUAA